AUGGCCGCCGGCUGGCAGCGGCCUACUUCUGGAGGGCGGCGGCAAUGGUCGGCCGGCCGGCGGCAAUCCCCCUUCUGGAGGACGAUGAUGGGCAACGCAACAAAGUCCUUCACAGCUCGAGACAGUGCGGAGAGAUGGAGGGGCGGCGACGAGGACGGGCGGCGCGCGGCAGUGGGGAGAUGGAGGGGCGGCGAUGGCAGUAAGGGAGGCAAAGAGACAGGGGGAGAUGGAGAUGGAGCGAGGGAGGACGGGCACACGGCGGCGGGCGCGGCGGCCGAGAGCGCCGGGAGGGGCGCAGCGGGUGUGGCAGGCGCGGCUGGCGUGGCGGGCGUGGCGUGGCGUGGCGUGGCGGCGGCGCGGCGGCUGUACGGUUUGAGUAACUCAUGUAAUUUUCAGUUAGCAUUUUCCCCCUUGCGCAGUCAAAGGCCAGAUGCGAUCGACUGCCCUCUGGAAAUCCAUCUUGAGUCCAAUAGUUCGGCAGGCGCCAAAGCUGCGCCGGAUCAUAGCCGGAAUGCUCAGCUUCAUCGCAGCAAUGCCCCUGAUCCACCACCCUUGCCUGGAACCUCUUAUGACGCGCGGAGAAGUUCUAGGAAGGCAAAGGCUUGUCGCCGUGUUCCUGAAGGCGUCGUCGAUUCCUGGGACAAGCUGUUCUUGCAGGGAUACCAAUCUGAUCUCCGUGUUUCGACAGACGACGGCACUGAAAUUCUGUCGCAUUCCUGUGUUCUUGGUGUCCAAUCUCCUGUUCUGAGAGCUAUGUUGGAGGAAGCUAAAUUGAAAGAUGGUUUUCGGUGUGUCCGUAUUUCUGGCGCGCCUUCAGAAGCAGUCCGUGUUUUCAUCAGAUUUCUUUACUCUUCACGUUUUGAGCAGGAACAGAUGAAGAAGCACGUUCUGCAUUUGCUUGUACUCUCCCAUGUUUUCUCGGUGCCAUCUCUGAAGAUUGUCUGCAUCGACCAACUCGAGAGGAGUUUCCUUGCUCCUGACAACGUGGUAGACAUGCUGCAACUUGCCAGAUUGUGUGAUGCGCCCCGGCUCUCGCUUGUCUGUACCCGGAUGAUCAUUGGGGAUUUCAAGACCAUCUCUCUGACGGAUGGGUGGAAAGUAAUGAGACGGGUCAAUCCGAGUAUGGAACAGGAGCUGCUCGAGUCUCUUGUCGAAGCUGAUACAAGAAGGCAGGAAAGAGCUAAAAGGAUGGAGGAAAGGAAGGUCUAUCUGCAACUGUACGAAGCCAUGGAGGCGCUUGUCCACAUAUGCCGAGACGGAUGCAGGACGAUCGGGCCUCGAGAUCAAGCGCUCAAGGGCAGUCUAGCAGCUGCCUGCAAGUUUCCGGCCUGCAAGGGCAUCGAGCUGCUCGUGCGCCACUUCUCGACCUGCAGAGUUCGGGUGCCUGGUGGCUGUGCCAACUGCAAGCGGAUGUGGCAGCUCCUUGAGCUGCAUUCCCGCAUGUGUUUCACCCCGGACACCUGCAAGGUUCCUCUCUGCAGGCAUUUUAAGGAGAAAAUGCGGAAUCUGGGGAGGAAGGAAGAGACCAAAUGGAACCUUUUGGUGUGCAAGGUGCUGGGGAGCAGAGGAACCAUGGGUUUUAUGCCUGAAAGGAGAAAAAAUUCAUCAAUCCUAACAUCAGCUGGGAGUUGCCACGUGGGUCGACUUGCAGGACCUAUGUGA